AGUAAUGAUAUAUGGUUUAGUUGUGCACAUAUUAGUUGUGCAGACCGGAUUAAAAGAUAUAUAAGGGUUUGUAGAUUUCCUAAGAUUUAUUUGUUGUAAUUAUCUCGAAAUUACAUAUAUUUAAAAGUGAAAUUUGAACUAUUUCAAAAAAAUUUUAUUAUUGAAACGAUAAAAAACCUAUUAAAAAACUGAACGUACAUAGAGAAAAUCUUAAAAGUAGAUCAAGAUGCAGGAAUCUCAACCGAAGAAAGGCAAGAAAGCCAGAAGAAAGCGUAAUGAUAGUGAUGAAGAUAUCGAAAAAGUUUUGGCCGAAUUGGAAUUGGAAUAUUCUGGCAAUAAAAAAGAAGUCAAAGAUGAACCAAUUGAACAAAAACCUGAAGAUGAGGAUAAAAAAAAGAAAGGAAAAAAAGAUAAGAAAAAAGAAAAAAGUGAAAUUAUUGAUAUUAAAGAAGAGUUGAAAACUGGUAUACUUCUUGAAGAAAAUGAUAUUGAUGAUGAGAUGGAAGUUGGUACUGUAAAAACUGCAGCACAAAAGAAGAAAGAAAAGAAAGAAAGGGAGAAACAAAAAAAACUUGCUCAGAAAAAAGCAGAAAUGAAUAAGAAGGGAGAAAAUAAAGAAGAAAAACCUGCAGAAAAAGAAAUGAAAAAAGAAUUAGAAAUAAAGAUACCAGAAACAAAAACAGCAGAAUUGAAGGAUAUUAGUGAAGUAGAUGUUUCUGUAUCUAAUGAAAAUGAUGAAAGUAAAAAGAAAAAAAAGAAAGGUGGAAAAGAAGAAACAAAAGAAAAAGGCAAAGGUCCUGGAAAGAAGACUAUAGCUGCAAUGCAAGAAGCUUUAAAGAAAUUAAAAGAAGAAGAAGAAAGAUUGAAACGAGAAGAGGAAGAAAGAUUACGACAAGAAGAAUUGCGGGAACAAGCUCGAUUAGAGCAAUUAAGACUUGAACAGGAAAGGAAAGAAAGAAAAAAGCUUAAAGAAAAGCAAAGAAAAGAAAGAUUAAAGGCAGAAGGGAAACUUCUAACAACAAAACAAAAACAAGAUAGGGCUAGGGCACAAGCUAUGAUCAAUGCACUUAAAGCUCAAGGCCUAGUAGAUUUACCAGGUGCAGGAGAAAAGAAAACUAGACCAGGAACUCGUAUAAGACCAAACAAAAUAAAACAACAAGUGAGUGUCGAUGAAAAAGAUGAUGAAAAGAUUGAAGAAAAUGUACCAGAAGCAGAUACAGUUGAAGUAGAAAUAGUAGAUCAACAAUCAAAAGAAUCUGAAGAAAAGGAAGAUGACGUUAAAGAUUCAUGGGAUGCUGAAACUAGUGAAGAUGAACAAGAUGAAGACAAAUUAGAUGAUGUGUCAAAAACUCCUGAAAAAAUUCAACAAACAAUUCUUUCAUUUGAAAAAGAAAAGCAAUCUCAAAUUGAAGAAACCAGAAAAGAAUCUUCAGAAAGCGAAUCAGAAAGUGAGAGUGGAAGUGAAUCAGAAACUGAGGAAAGUGAAGAUGAUAGUGGAUUAGAAGAUAAAGUAUCAGAUGCAGCAAGGAAAAAAGAACGAGUUAGGGAACGAAUACAAGUUCGAAGAAUAGAAGCAGAAAAAAAAAGAUCCUUAGAUAAUCUUAGAGCUGCCGUAGUAUGUGUUCUAGGUCAUGUAGAUACUGGAAAAACAAAAAUUCUUGAUAAAUUAAGAAGAACGAAUGUACAAGAUGGUGAAGCAGGUGGUAUAACUCAGCAAAUUGGCGCCACAAAUGUACCUAUCGAUGCUAUUCGAGAGUCAACGAAACACGUGAAAGGAUUCGACGAAAAGAAAUUCAGAAUACCUGGACUUUUGAUAAUAGAUACUCCAGGACACGAAUCUUUUAGUAAUUUAAGAAAUCGAGGAUCUUCUUUGUGUGAUAUAGCGAUAUUAGUCGUUGAUAUUAUGCAUGGUUUAGAGCCACAAACCAUCGAAAGUAUUAAUUUACUGAAGACGAAGAAAUGUCCUUUCAUUGUAGCUUUGAACAAGAUUGAUAGAUUGUAUGAUUGGCAAACUAUGAAUCGAAAAGAUAUUCAAGAUAUCGUAAAAAGCCAAGCUAUUAAUACACAACGUGAAUUUGAAAAACGUUCCAAGGAUGUUAUUGUACAAUUUGCGGAACAAGGUUUGAAUGCUGCAUUGUUUUAUGAAAAUCCGGAUCCUAGAAGUUACGUUUCUCUUGUACCAACUAGUGCUAUUACGGGUGAAGGUAUGGGCAAUUUACUAUCAUUAAUAGUUGAUGCCUGUCAAGGUCCAUUAGCUAAAAGACUUAUGUAUAGUGAAGAGCUUCAAGCAACGGUUUUAGAAGUGAAAGCAUUACCAGGUCUUGGAACUACAAUAGACUGUAUUCUAGUCAAUGGAAUGUUGAAAGAAGGCGAAACAAUGAUAGUAGCGGGUACCGAUGGUCCUAUAGUAACUCAAAUUCGUUCGUUACUUAUGCCACAACCGCUUAAAGAAUUGAGAGUCAAAAAUGCGUAUAUUGAACAUCGUGAAGUAAAAGCCGCACAAGGAGUAAAAAUUGCUGCAAAAGAUUUAGAGAAAGCUAUUGCAGGAUUGAAUCUCCAAGUGGCUGAAAAAUCAGAUGAAGUGGAAGUCUUAAAAGAAGAAAUUGCAAAAGAGUUGUCAAGUGCUCUCGGUAAUAUUCGGCUUGCAGAACGUGGUGUUUACGUGCAAGCAUCAACGUUGGGUGCUCUUGAAGCAUUAUUGGACUUUCUCAAAAGCAGCAAGAUACCGUAUGCUGGAAUUCGUAUUGGUCCCGUUGUUAAAAAAGAUGUCAUGAAGGCGUCUAUCAUGUUGGAGCAUGACAGUCAAUAUGCCACAAUCCUCGCAUUCGAUGUAAAGAUAGAAAGAGAUGCUCAAGAAUUGGCCGACUCGCUUGGAGUUAAAAUUUUCCAAGCGGAUAUCAUUUACCAUCUCUUUGAUAAAUUCACGGCGUAUAGAGAGGAGUUGAAGCAACGCAAACGUGACGAAAACAAGCAUAUUGCUGUGUUCCCUUGCAAACUUCGUAUUUUGCCUCAGUACAUCUUCAAUUCUCGAGAUCCUAUCGUAAUGGGAGUGAUGGUAGAGGCUGGGAUCGUGAAAGAAGGGACACCGCUUUGCGUGCCCAGCAAAGAUUUCGUGGAUUUGGGCGUGGUCACGAGCAUAGAAUAUAAUCACAAACCUGUGGAAUCCGCGCGAAAAGGUCAGGAAGUGUGCGUGAAAAUCGAGCCGAUACCCGGAGAAGCGCCUAAAAUGUUCGGUCGUCAUUUCGAUGAAAAGGAUUUCGUCGUAAGCAAGAUAAGCAGGCAGAGCAUAGACGCCUGCAAGGAAUACUUCAGGGACGAUCUGGUGAAAACGGAUUGGCAAUUGAUGGUCGAACUGAAAAAGCUCUUCCAGAUACUCUAGGACAUGGUGGACGAUAUGAAAACUAGAAUCGAACCAUUAUCGAUGGGUUCACCGGGUGAUGAGCAUAGAAAUGUGGGCUACGAUUAUCAAGCACACGUACCAUCUGUUCGUUGUCGAUCAUUCACACGAAUUGUAAUAUACACGUCGAACUUUUUGAUUUCUCUGUCUUUCUCUUACGCAAUUAAUCAGCGCACGUCUCUCUUCAUCCUGUGAUCCCUCGAAACGUUUUUCUCAGGUUCCCCUGCACGUGAUAAAUCCCUCUUUUUUUCGAUAAAUAAAGCUGGAGAAAACUCGCUGAAAGCCAGAAAUCACGCGGGAUUAUCAUCCGUAUUUUUUUUUUUUUUUAUUUCGAUUUGAAUUAUUUCGAUGUAUUUAAAAUUAUUUUGUCUUGUCGAGACAUAUAUAUAUAUAUAUAUGUUCGUCGAUAUUUUUAAUACCGUUUUAAUAAUGUACAGCGACACUGUACCAUAUUACAAUAGAAAAUACGAAAUCAACAGUUGGAAAAAUCUUAUAUAAUCACGUAUAAUAUAGUCAUCGAAGGUUAUUUUUUAAUAUAGAUAGUGGAUAACAGUUGAGAACGAGACCGCGCGAUUCUAUUCGGGAAAAGCUUUGCAGCAAGUGAUGAACGAUUCAAGCUUUGUAGUACUUAAUCACCGAUUUCACCGCUGACACACGCAACGAACAUGGAACAACAAAUACAAAAUGUUGUCCACCUGAUUCGCAUUAAUAUUUGGAACGACUCGUGCCAUUAUUGCUGUGUAUAUUCGUCUCUUAUAUCAUUGAUCGUUUUUAAUAUAUUUGAGCAUUAUUAUAUAGGAACAUAAUUUUUAUUUUUAAUGAUAUGUAUAACUGAUUUGUGCACGAUACGUGAUAAAUACAAACGGUACGCAGAGUUUUUAUUUUAGCAAAAAUAACGGAUAUUUUUGACAUUUGGAAUUUCACUGAAACAAAAAUACUUAAUUAUAUUUAUUUCCAUUGUACUAUUAUAUUAUUAUUAUUAUUGUUAUUAUUAUUAUUAUUAUUAUUAUAAUUAUUUACAAUUACUUAUAUUAUAAAUAUACAUUACUUAUAUUAUUAAUAUGAUAUGUAAUAUACAUUAUUAUAGUAGUUAUAAUUAUAAUUACUAUAUAUUAUAAUAUUAUAUAUUUUUAUUUAUUUGUAUCAUAUCAUUAUAAUCACUUGUCUACUAUAUAGCGAAAUUUAACGAAAAAUAUUUGGGUUUAACUUAUUUUAUUAUUAUUAUUAUUAUUAUUAUUAUUAUUAGCUUAUUAGUGUUUAUAAAGCAAAUAUAAAAAUUCCUAUAAUUUACUUGGUAAAUAUUUUUUCAACUUUGAUCAUUAUUUAAUCCUUUAUCGCUUAUUGUGCAUUGUAAAUUUAUACAUUAAUUAAAUGCUGUUUAUGUUCCUAUAAAAAAAAAAAUGUCCAAAUAUAUUAAAAAAUAAUUAAUUCAAUAAUAGUGUAAUAAGAAACAAAUAUAUGGAAUAAUAAUUUUCAUCACGUUAUACCGUUUAAAUAUCAAUGCGAAUCGUUGUGCAUAGAUAACUGAAUUAUUUUUAACGCGUACAAUUGAAUGUCGUUAGUUAACCGCAUCUUAAUCAACCGGACGUAACCUCUCGAUUAUGACAAAUCGAGAUGUCACAAUAAAAUAAACUAGAUUUCGCGAUAGCAGAUUCGAUAGUGUAACACACAACCGAGAAAUACGUAUAGUUUGCAUGUAGUUAUAAAAAAAAAAUCGCAUAUAUAUGUUGGAAAAUAUUUUUGAAAUUAGAAGACGAGAUUUAUCUAUUGAGUCAAACAAAGCUGAACGAAAAGAAAGGAAACUAAAAAAAAAAAAAAAAAAACAGAAUAAAGCUAAAUCGCAAUUGUUUUUAUCUAGGAUCCAAGAAUUUGUAAUGUAUGGAAAUUAAUAAUAUCCUAAAGAUAUUUAAAAAAACUGAGAGAAAAGUGGGGCCUUGAAACCAAUAAUAUUACGUCUACAGGUCCCAGAUUUUUCCGUACGAACUUCGCUAUUAAUGAAUCUUAAAAAAAAUAAAAAAAAAUAAAAAGAAAUAAAAAAAUAAAAAAAAAUAAGAGAGCAAUAUUUAAAAAUAUUUCGUAAUGUAAUCUAUAAAUAUUUUAUUAAUAAGUUAUAAGAAAAAUAUGAAAUGUGUUGUACAACACUAUCAAUAUCUACAUUUUCAUUUCAAGAUGUUUUAUAGAUAUAUCUAUGUAAUCGAUGUAUUAUUGAAUUUAAUAUCGUUGCAAUUUUAAUUAAUCGUUUUGUCUAAUUUUUUUUUUUUAUAUCCGAUGUUGUAAUUAAUUUUGUAAUUUUAUUUUAAAAAUGUGUAUCUGCGUAAUCGAAAUUAAGAAAUAACGAAAUGUUCAAACAUAUCGAAGAGGUUAAGUUGUCUUUUGUGUUACUUUACGGAACAAAACAAAAGUGAGGUUAACUUGAUUGUUUUCCGUUAUAUAACGAACCAGUAUACAAACGGUCUACAUAUAUCUUACGAUUAACCGAAAGAAAGAAAUAAUAUCAUUGUACUUAAUCUUUCAUUUCAGUUUUGAUACAAUUUUUAAAUGAAAUGAAUCAAUGAAUUGUCUGUUACAUUAGAUUUUAAUCUCAUUUUUAAUUAUAAAAUCUACUGACGAUGUUUGUACAGAAAAAUCUGAGACAUCCCGUAUAUAAUGUUUUGAAAAACGAAAUAAUAGAGAACAUACGAAAUAUGAUUCGUGCCCAACAAAGUCUCGGACAAGAGCUAAGGAAGAAGAAGAUGAAGAAAAAUCGAAAAAAAGUAAGAGAAGUCCUUAUUAGCGUUUUCUAGUUUCCGGUCACUUAGAUCUCUUGAACUAGCCGUCGACGAGUGAACGAGUUUCGUCCGAUACUACCUCGCAUGCGGUUGCGCGAGGCGAACAAGGCGGUGGCUGUUCGAACGAAAAGGGAACUUCCGUCUUCUCUCUUUCUCCUCUUCCCGCGAUGAUUCGACCGCAACGAUUCCUCCCGUUUUUGCGAUCGAUCUUACGUCACACGCUCUGGUUUCCUUGCACCCGAUUACUGUGUUCAAGCCGUGUCUUUUUCGGGCUAGUUUCUAGCAAAGUUGCUUUGCUGGUUUAAAAUGAAAUCGCGAUCAAGCAAGGAUUAUACAAUAUCGAUCAAAAAUUUGGAAUCACUUUCUUCUAAUUUUAUCGUUAAAUUGAAAUUAAUUUUACAGAUAUCGGUUCAUUUAGAAUUUUUCAAGAUAAGAAAAUUCUAACCUAUUCUAACUAUUCUUUAAAUAUCGAGUUAGAUUUUAUGGAAUACGUUAAUGAUUUCAAACGUUUGAUCGAUAAUGUAUAUUCCUUAUUUUUUUUCUUCUUCAUUUUUUUCUCGAAUUUGUUGAAAAGAAUUUAAAGUUUUAAUCAAUAUUUCUUUAUAUAAAUCGAAUGAAAGUCUUUUAUACAAUAAGGGAAAAUUGGAUAAUAUACUCUAUUUUCAAAUUCAUCGAGAGGAAAAUUAUGAGAAAACAAAUACAAUUAAUUAUUUUAUUAUAUUUUUUUUUUUUCGUGUUUCAAUAUCUUUUAAUCUAUAUAACAUGAACAAAACACAUAUUGUCUUGUCUUAUAUCUGAAACUACACCUGUGUUUAAUCAACAUUGAUUUAUAACCUCAGAUAAUAGAAUAUUUUGAAUAUAAAAUAUAGAAUACCGUUCUCAUAAAACGAAUUUAUUAAUGAUAUACAAAUUGAAAUUGUUUAUCCAUGUCAAAUUCGAAAACCAAUGAAACUUUCUCACUAAUUCAAUAAUAAUUGCACUUGUCAUAUACUUGUCAUAUAUUUGUGUACGAUUGAAAAAUGUUCGAACUUAUUGUGUCGCCAUCUACGCAACUAAAACAAUGUGUGUUUCGUUAAUAGAGGUAUGUUACCAAAUUUUCCCCUAUAAUUAGUUCUAUAUCGAGAAGAUUUAAUUACGAGACAAAAAGAAGAAUGUGCAAUAAUAAAUGUAGUGGCAAUAUACGUAUAAUUUGAAAAACAAGUUUAAACAAAUACUUUUUGCAAUGUUAGUAUAUUAAAUUAUGAAUGUGCGUGUAAUCUUAACUUCCAACUGUAUUAUGAGUUAUAACUAGAUACAUUCUAGGAGGUUAGGCGGAGGAAUGAUACGAUAAUAGUUAUGACGACGAAUUUUGUCACGAAUGGCAAACUCGUCUGAGUGUCGGUACUCACGAUCGAUUCGUGGAAGCAGAAGCGUGUCUCGCAUACAGUUUCCGACGUGUUUCCGGUUUCGCUGUUCGAGAACACACGUGCGAGGAAAAGAAGAAAGAGAGACAGAAAGGGGAGUAGGUGUGUAGAUACGUGAACAGAAGGAAAACAGCGAAUGAAAGAGUGACUGAGAGAUCGAGAGAAAGAGAGAGAGCGUAUGUAUGUGAGAAAGAAAAAAUAAGAGCUAGGAGCAAAAAGGUAAAACGAUGUUACAUUAGAAGAGAAAAAAAAGAUAUACGAGAGCCUCACGUGUUUUGUAUAUGUAUUCACUUUGUAUAAGAUAAUCGAGCGAAUUAUCGCGAUAAAAAUAAAGACCACAAGUUUCACAAGAAAAAAAAA